GGAGCUACUCUCUCAAUCCAUGCAUAAAUGAUCAAAAGAUGGAUAUAUAUAGAGAGAGAUAUAUGUGUAUAUGGUGCAUUAGAUCCUUGCUUGUAGUUAUAUCCCCUUACAAUUUAAUGACCAACACCUUUCAUCAAGCCAAUCCAUUCCCUAUAUAAGCAAAUCUCAAGUCCCCACAAAUCACAUAAAAAAAAGAGAGAGUUUGGUGUUUGAGAAUUGACUCGAUCUCCUGUUCCUCCUCCGCUCAUGGUGUCCUUGCAAGCAGCCCUUCCUAUUGAGAAGAAGAAAAGGUCGUGCCCCAAAGUUGAGAAUUUUUUAUCCAAAAAGAGGAAGAAGAGGAAUGAUGAAGAAGAGGAUGGAGAAUUGCCCGCGAAGGAUAUAAAAGAGAACAAAAAGGAAGAGAAGAAAGACGAGAUCGAUCUUAAUCUCGACGCUCCGUUGCCGAUGGAUUGGCAACGGUGUCUCGAUAUCGAGUCCGGCCAAAUCCACUUCUACAACACGAAGACUCGCCGGAGGACGUCGACGGACCCCCGGCUGAGCUUAGACCCACCGCCAGGCUCGCCUUUGAGUCUCGACCUAGAGCUCAACCUCGCCAGCCCCGAGCCGCCGCCGAUUGGAGCAUCGACGCGGCAACAGGAGAAGCCCAAGACGGACUUCAGAGGCGGUCCCUUGUCGCGGGUCUCACCUUUCCCCGACGCCGAGGAGAUGGUGGCGGCGGUCUGCGCUCGCUGUCACAUGCUGGUGAUGAUGAGCAAGGCGGCCUUGUCUUGCCCUAAUUGCAAGUUCGUGAACCGGCCUGAGCGCGUCUUUUCAACGGAGAUCAAGCCAGCGGUAAAAAUUUUGCGCUGCAAGGAUCAUAAACUGAAGGAGUCUGGUGAAAGAUACUUCUAUGCUAGAAGUCACACAAAUGGAAACAUGACAAAAGGUUGAGGGUGAUACAUAAAGGACAAUUUCAGCACUAAUUGAUAUACCUUUCCCUUAUUAGUAGAUAGGUGUAGAUGCAUGGCUGUAGACUCUCUAUCUCUCUGUGUUUGUUAUUUUCCAAUUUAUUGAAGAUAAAUUUGUUUCAAAAUACUCAUGCUAAUUUGUUUUGUGACAAAAUAUCAUAUAUAUUGUUGUUGUCAUCAUACAAGA